AUGGACUCAUCAGAGCAAGAGAAAGUUGACGGAGAUAUUGGUGUUGAGAAGAAGAAGGAUAAGACUGCCAACGGUUAUGGUGGAGACGGCGGCGAACCGAAAGGAACCGCCUCGUCGGCUGAUCAAGAUAGCGGAGACUUCUACGACGUCGAGAUUGAGAAAAGCAAUGGAGAGAAAGAGGAGAAGCCCCCACAAGAAAGCAAGGAAGAAUCGACUUCCAUUUCCAGCAAAACCGAAGAAUUCAACGAUAAGGAGAUCACCAUUAAUAGUCCUAAAAUAUACUGCAAUGCCCGCAACCAUUACUUGCCGGCCAUUAAAUCACAAGCACAUCUCCCUAAACCCGACCCACCAGCGACGCCGAGGGUGGAACGUUCGCAAUCGUUGUCCAUCGCAGAAACCAUGCCUUCCAUUGGCAAAUACAUAAGCGACCGAAGCAGCAGUUUCUCAGCAGCAAUCGUCAGACGUUUAUCGUCGUGGAAAGAGGAUAACGGGGACUUGGUGGUGAAAAACGACUCGUUGAACUUAGAGGUGACGGAGUUCCAUAUCCCAGGAGUGAAAGUAAUAGUAAAGCUGAAAAGCGAAGCCGAACGACUGGGGCUGGAUUUGAAAGGUCGGAUAUCAUUUUUCACGAGAUCGAACUGCCGAGAUUGCACCGCCGUCCGACAUUUCUUUAGAGAGAAAGGGCUAAUCUACGUGGAAAUAAACAUCGACGUGUUCCCGAAAAGGGAGAAGGAAUUGAUAGAAAGAACGGGGAGUAGCCAAGUGCCGCAGAUAUUCUUCAACGAGAAGUGGUAUGGAGGAUUGACAGCUUUGAAUGAAUUAAGGAAUAGUGGGGAGAUGGAAGUGAAAUUGAGGGAAAUGGUGGGGGAGAGAUGCCCGGAGGGAGCGCCGCCAAUACCAGUAUAUGGUGUGGAUGAUGAGGAGGAAGAAGAUGACGUGUUGUUGGAGACGGUGAGGUCUCUAAGGAAGACUUUGCCUAUUCAAGAUCGUUUGAUUAAGAUGAAAAUGGUUAAGAAUUGCUUCUCUGGUGUUGAUUUGGUGGAAGGCAUUAUGGAUCAUCUUGACCGUGGUAGGAAAAAGAGCGUCAUAACUGCAAAGCUUAUGGCUCAGAAGCACUUCUUCCAUCAUGUUUUCGGAGAGAAUGAAUUUGAAGAAGGAAACCACUUUUACCGAUUCCUAGAACAUGAGCCAUUCAUAAUGGGAUGCUUCAAUUAUCGAAGUUCAACCAACGAUAGUGAGCCCAAACCUGCAUCUUUUCUUGCCGAUAGGCUUUCCAAACUAAUGUUUGCCAUUCUCGAAGCUUAUGCAUCGGAUGACAGGCUCCACGUUAAUUAUAGUGGCAUCGACAGAAGUGAAGAAUUCCGAAGAUACUUAAAUGUGGCUCGAGAUCUGCAAAGGGUGAAUAUGAAAUUACUGAGUCCCAAUGAAAGGCUAGCCUUGUUCUUAAACUUGCACAACGCCAUGGCCAUCCAUGCUGUUAUUAGCAUCGGACACCCCGAAGGAGUGCUUGACAAGCGAGCCUUUUUCAAUGAGUUCCUAUAUCUAGUUGGUGGAUACCCUUACUCCCUUAACAUUAUUCUCAACGGUACCCUCCGUCGCAAUCGGACCUCCCCUUAUUCCUUCUUCAGACCCUUCAGCAAAGGUGACCGCCGCUUAGAGCUGGCUCCUCCCAAACUGAACCCAUUGAUACAUUUUGGACUAUGCAAUGGGACAAGGUCCAGCCCUGCAGUGAGGUUUUUCACUGCUGAUGGUGUUGAAAAUGAGUUAAGAUGUGCUGCCAAGGAGUAUUUCCAGAGAGGUGCAAUUCAGUUUAACAUGGAAAAGAGGACCGUUUAUUUAACUCGUAUCAUCAAAUGGUACAAUGAAGAUUUUGGAACCGAGAAAGAUAUCCUGAAAUGGGUGAUGAAGUACUUGGAUUCUACGCAAUCGGGGCUUUUGGCCCAUCUUUUGGCUGAUGAUGGCCAUAUUAACAUUAUGUAUCAGGAUUAUGAUUGGUCUGGUAACUUGUGA